AUGCCUGAGGACGGACACAUCAAAAAGUUCAUCAACAAGAUCAGCGGCCAGCCGGAACUGUACUCCCGCAAGGCACGCUACACGUUCGGCAAGACCUUGGGCGCCGGCCUGUUUGGAAUUGUUCGUUAUGCUAGAGAUAACCAGACGGGCGAGGACGUGGCGGUCAAGAUCAUUUUGAAGAAGGCGCUCAAGAGCAAGGAGCACGAGCAGUUCAUUGUGGACGAGCUUUCCUUGCUCCAGGAGCUCAAGCACCCACACAUUGUUGGUUUUAGAGAUUGGUUUGAGUCCAAGGACAAGUUCUACUUGGUGACUCAAUUGGCUACAGGCGGUGAGUUGUUCGAUAGGAUUGUGCAGCAGGGUCGGUUUACGGAACGUGACGCGUCCGUGGUGGUGAUCCAGAUGCUUGAGGCGCUCAAGUACUUGCACGAUAGGAAUAUCGUCCACAGGGAUAUCAAGCCUGAGAAUGUGUUGUACCUCAACGAGGACGCCGAUUCCGACGUUGUGCUUGCGGAUUUCGGUAUCGCCAAGAAGCUCCAGGACCCGAAGGAAAAGCUCAUGUCGUCGGCUGGCUCUUUCGGGUACGCUGCGCCAGAAGUCAUCACCGGAACAGGUCACGGAAAGCCGUGCGAUAUCUGGUCCUUGGGUGUGGUCACCUACACCAUCUUGUGUGGCUACUCGCCCUUCAGAGCCGAAAACGUGCAAGACUUUAUCGCCGAGGUCAGGCACAACAACGCCGUGGUGUUCCACGCGGACUACUGGAGGUCUGUUUCGAAAGAUGCACGUAGAUUUAUCAUCAAGGCGCUCCAGUACGACCCGGAGCGCCGUGCCACGGCCGACUCGCUCUUGGAGGACCCCUGGCUCGUCAGCGCCAAGCAGCACAGCGAGGCCGAUUUGUUGCCCAACUUGAAGCAGAACUUCGACGCCAAGGGCAAGUUCCGCCAGGCGAUCGAGGUGGUCAAGUUGGCCAACCGCAUCAAGAAGCUCAAGGACUUGCAGACCGAGGAGGACGACGACCCCAACGAAAUCAAUCUUUUCGGCGACGGCGGGUCUGUCGUCAGCGACAGCGAGCUUCCAGACACCAAGCUGGGCGAGGCCCACGACAGUGAGGUGAAGAACAAGAGCGGAGGCCUUUUCAACUGGAAGAAGAUUAGCGAAUCGCUUGCCGAGGCUGAGGGCAAAAAGCCCAAGGACGAGGAUAAGUCGGCGCUCACGUCGAGCGCAUUCAUCCAGUUGGUCCAGGCAGCGACAGAAAACAAGGAACGAGUCACGGAGUACCAGAAGCGAGAAGACGAGGCCAAGUAG